AUGGAGGAUGCUAUUGCAUCUUUAAAUACACUCCAGUCCAAUUUUGCCAUCGUUGAUGCGAUUCGAAAAUCGGGCCGCAAGAUGAACGACCAGGCUAUCCCAGAAAUGAUCGGGUGGUGCCGUAAGAUUGGAUAUGAACCCUCGGAUCUGAAUGCAUUGAAUGCCAUACACAUAGCGGGGACGAAGGGGAAAGGGUCUACAGCAGCGUUCACUUCCUCGAUCUUAACGCAGUUUAUUGACGACAAGGGAUCAUCAUCGCUAUCAAAAGUUGGCUUGUACACAUCUCCCCAUCUACGCUUUGUUCGGGAAAGGAUACAGAUAAACGGACGGCCCCUUUCCGAGAAACAGUUUGCCCGGUACUUUUUUGAAGUGUGGGAUCGUCUCGAGCAAGCUGCCAACGUGGCAGGAGAAGACCCAAAGGCUCCCGGUACGAAACCGGUCUAUUUCAGGUUUCUGACCCUGAUGGCCUUUCACACAUAUAUGAGUGAAAAGGUCGAUACUGCCGUGAUUGAAUGUGGCAUUGGUGGCGCUUAUGAUAGCACCAACAUCAUUGAGACGCCCGCCGUCACGGGAAUCACGAGUCUGGGAAUUGACCAUGCCGCAAUCCUCGGUUCAACAAUCGGUGAAAUCGCAUGGCACAAAUCCGGAAUCAUGAAGAGUGGAACCAAAUGCCUCACUCCUAGUGGCCAACCUGAAGAUGCCAAAAAUGUGAUGGCACAAGUCGCGCAGGAGAAAGGAAGUGCGCUAGAAUACGUGGACAUUGACCCAGCUAUUGCCAAUGGCGACACGAAACUCGGGCUCCAGGCAGAUUUUCAAAAGACCAACGCUAGUCUCGCCGUCGCCAUUGCAAAACAAUUCUUGGAGCAGCAUGGUUAUGCUGCUAAUGAUGAAUCGGAGCAGAAAAUCCGACGCGGACUAGAAACCGUCCGAUGGCCAGGACGAUGUGAAACGCGGCAUGAACCCGGACUUCGAUGGUGCAUCGAUGGUGGACACACUCUCGAAAGCAUCGAGCUGGCAGGAAAAUGGUUUGCUUCUCAGCUCGCCACAACCAAGACAUCUUCUCCUGAGCCUCGUUUCUUAAUUUUCAACCAACAGACCCGCGACGCUGCUUCCCUCGCGACAGCGCUGUUCAACACGUUAUCCACGGCUCUUCAUGGUUCACAUCCCUUCACGCAUGCCAUCUUCUGCACCAAUACGACGUUCAAAGAAACAGGUUUCCGGCCCGAUCUAGUCUCUGUAAACGCCAACACCUCAGAUGUGGAGGCGCUGAAAGUCCAGAAAACUCUCGCCGAGACAUGGAGGAAAAUCGAUCCGCCGGCUCAAGUUGAAGUGGUCCGAACCAUCGAAGAGGCCGUAUCCUUUGUACGAGAGUUCGCGAGUCAAAAACCAAAGAAGGGCGAGGGCGAAGAAGUCACCGCUCUGGUUACAGGAAGUUUACACCUGGUAGGCGGCUUUCUAGAAGUAUUAGAAAGCGCCGAUUCUGAAUAG